AUGCUGGUCCUUUGCUGCGCUCUCUCGUGUUGGCUCGGUGGGGUUUGAAGUGACUAACGGGAAUUAGAACAUCGACUGAGCUCCGGUUUCAUCCAUCUUCUGAAGUUCAGUUUCGAAGGUUCGGGUUGGAGACGGUUGGGAAGUGUUUUUGGGGGGUUUGAAAGUCUAGUUUUAUCCGAAUAAAAAGGCAUGGAGGCUCAUGGAGUCUCUCUCUCUGCUGUGCGUUGCGCUGUGUGCUGGGGCGUUCGCACAGCAGACCGACAGACCCAAGUUCUGGGAGUGUCCGGUGGACCUGUUCUUUGUGCUGGACACGUCUGAGAGUGUUGCUCUGAGGGCCAAACCUCCCAACUUCUACAUCGACCAGAUCAAGAGCUUUACUGAACGCUUCAUCAUGGAACUCAAAGAGAUGCGCCAGCCAUGUGACCGUUCCCUGACGUGGAACUCCGGAGCGCUGCACUACUCUGAUGAGAUCAUCUUAGUGCGCCAGCUGAGCGACGUCGCCACCGAGCGCCAGGCGCUCAUCAGUGACAUCAAAGGCAUCAGCUACAUCGGCAAGGGAACCCACACUGACUGUGCCAUCAAGAGAGGCAUCGCUGAGCUGCUCAUAGGGGGCUCCCACUACCAGGAGAAUAAGUACAUCGUCGUGGUGACGGAUGGUCAUCCUCUAACAGGUUACAAGGAGCCCUGUGGUGGGUUACAGGAAGCUGCCAAUGAGGCCAGGCAACACGGGGUUAAAGUCUUCUCUGUUGCCAUUUCACCUGACCAGGAGGACACCAGACUGUCAGUGAUCGCUACAGACCAUAACUACAGACAGAACUUCACAGCAGCCGACAACAGUAGAUCCACCCAGCUACAGACCAUACGCAGUAUCAUAGAUAUGAUCACCAAUGAGACCAAGGAUGUGUGCUGUUCUUUCGACUGCAAUGCUAAAGGAGGUCCCAAAGGACCAGAAGGAGGCCUCGGGUCCAAGGGUGAAACAGGUAGACAGGGGAUGCCAGGGGAGAAGGGAGACAUCGGGGUGGAUGGAAAUUUGGGAGACCCCGGCCCUGUGGGAUACCGCGGAAUGAAGGGCGACCGUGGUGGAAGAGGCAACAAGGGCGAGAGAGGCCAUAAAGGCUACAAGGGAGACAAAGGACAACGGGGAACAGAUGGAGUAGAUGGACGUAAAGGUGAUCCAGGUUUUUCUGGUCUAGCCGGCUGUAAAGGUUCCCCAGGACCUGACGGCUCACAGGGAGAUGGAGGACCUAAGGGAGAUCCUGGUUCGUACGGAACCAAAGGAGCUAAGGGAGAUCAGGGGAAAGACGGAGAACCAGGACGACCCGGCAACUACGGACCGCCCGGAAUCAAGGGUACACCGGGCCCAAAAGGAGCCAAUGGAGACAAAGGACAGCGGGGUGAUGAUGGAGCACCUGGACCGGACGGCCUCCGAGGAGACAAAGGAACCCCAGGAGAGAAAGGAGAACAAGGAACCCGUGGAAACAGAGGACCAAGAGGAGAUUUGGGUGACCCAGGACCUCGAGGAGAUCAAGGCAGAGAGGGUUCAUCUGGAGCCAAUGGAGAGCCUGGUGACAUCGGCAAGGCGGGGUCUCCAGGAUACAGAGGAGAUGAGGGCGCCCCCGGACCAGAGGGCCCCAAGGGACCAAGAGGAAUCAAAGGAGCUCCUGGAGACAGAGGCCAGAUCGGAAGCAGGGGAGAAGAUGGGGCACCAGGAAAUGGAACUGAAGGUUGCCACGGUUUCCAGGGUUACCCCGGCCCACGAGGUAGCAUUGGAGAGCCGGGCGGGAAGGGAACCCCGGGACCCAAAGGAGAUGAUGGAGAGCCUGGAAACCCCGGCCUGGACAACGACUCCCCAGGACUCCCAGGGAACAAAGGAGCCAAAGGUCACCGAGGACCUGAAGGAAACCCGGGACCAGUUGGGCCUCCCGGACCUGCAGGAGUUGAUGAUUGUGAGAUUCUAGAUAUCAUCAUGAAGCUUUGCUCGUGCUGUGAGUGUAAAUGUGGGCCCCUGGACCUGGCCUUCAUUGUGGACAGCUCUGAGAGUAUCGGCUCCACUAACUUCGCUCUCGCUAAAGACUUCAUCAUCACCGUCAUCGACCGCCUUAUUAAGGACCAGCAAGUCCGUUUUGGUUUUAAUGAGUCCAGGGUGGGUGUGGUGCAGUACAGUGGGGAUGGAGCCCAGGAGGCUGUCAGACUGGGAGACCCCAACAUUAACACACUCACUGAGCUCAAACAGGCGGUGCGGGACCUGCGCUGGCUGGCUGAGGCCACCUAUACAGGGGAGGCUCUUCAGUACUCUCUGACCAACAUGAUAGACCGUCUGCAGCAGGAGAACCGCGUGGUCCUCGUGCUCACUGACGGACGCUCCGAUAUCACCAGAGAUAAAACACCGCUUAACACUCUCUGUGGGAAGGGCAUCAAGGUGGGUGGUCUGGGAGUGAAGGACUACUCUGGCCGUCAGCCCAACCACGAACAGCUCAGUGCUGUGGUCUGUAAGAGCGACCCUAAACCAGGCUUCUCCUUCGUACUGGAGAACUUCGCUGAACUGCUGGAUGACUCCUUUCUACAGAACCUCACCACACGCAUCUGUGAAGAUAAGAAGUGUCCCAACUACAAAUGUCCCAUCUCGUUCUCAGGCGACACAGACAUUGUGCUGAUGAUGGACAGUUCAGCCAGUGUGGGACAGAGGAACUUUGACUCCAGCAAGACCUUCGUCAAGCGUCUGGCUGAGCGUUUCCUGUCUGCCGAGAGGUCCGGCCGCGCUGCCGUGCGUGUCGCCGUGGGCCAGUACAGCCGCGAACGCCGCAUGGAGGCGGAGCUGACCUCUAACCUCACCCUGCUGACCAGUAAAAUCGAUGCCGCCACCUUCCAGAACGACGGUACCGACGUUACCAAGGCGAUGGCCUUCGCCAUGGAGCAAUUCAAGACGUCAGGGGGCGGGAACAGGAAGAAGAAGCUGGUGCUGUUCUCGGACGGGAGGUCGCAGGGCGUUACCGAGGCGAUGCUGGAGAAGCGCGUGCGGCUGGUGUCGGAGGCGGGAGUGGAGCUGUACGUUAUUACCGUGGGCAGCCAGGUGAGCGAGGCCAACCUGCGCUCGCUGGUCAGCGGGAGGAGUUACGACGUCACCUACGCCCAGCGCCACCUGUUCCGCGUCCCAGACUACCCGUCUCUGCUGCGUGGCGUAUUCUACCAGACCGUGUCCCGCAGGGUCUCCCAGGCCUGAGUGCAAGGGGUCAGGGGCAGGGACCACAUGCUUUAGAGUUUAGUCUCCCUCAUUAUGAAUGUCCAUUCGUACUUCGUCGCUCAUUUACAAUCACUGUGUUUUAGUUGUGUUUUUACGUCCGAUAAUGACAGAAGACGAUUGCGUGUUAGACUGUGUAAGAGAUUGUGUUACACUGUGUUCAUGUGCUCUCUGAAUUAUCAGGACCUUUCCAACCGGGAAAAAACUCCCGUAACAGAAACUAGUUUCAGAUGUCUAAAACAGUUUGUUAUGAGCUUCUAAGUUGUAACAUCGUCCAGUCAGACUGUUCUCAGUUCCAUAAUUCCAAGCAGCACAUGAACACAGCAUUAAACAGGAAGGUUACUGUAAAAUAAUGUUUUUUUUUUUGUGUGUGUUUUUUUUUUAAACAAACUUAUUUUAUGUUGUUUUGUAGAUCAGAGACAGAACAGGAUAUGACAUCCCUCCAUAUGUUUUAAACAUCAAGGUUAAACAUUAAACAUCCUCCUUCUAGACAACCUGGUUGUGAACAGCUGGAUACAGACUGUUAGUGUAUGUGUGUGUUUAGAGGAAUGUUCUCUAAUAUCCAGUUAUAUCAUGUAGGAUUUUCGCUAUAAACAGUUUGUCUGGGUUCACUUGUUCAGAUGAUGACAGACACACAUACACACACACACACACACACACACACACACACACACACACACACACACACACACACACACACAACCACACACACACACACACACAUACACACACUCCUUUCUGUAUCUGCGUCAUUAACCCUUGAAGUCUACCAACCGUCAACUUUUGUUUUGGCUGGAUUAUUCAGUCCUUCAACGUUCCAGGUAACAGAUGUGUGCGUUGUCAGCAGGGAAUUCUCUCUAUGUAAUACAUCAUUAAUCCUUGGUGCUAUCGUUCAGAGCAAGUGUCUCAGUGUCAGAUGACAUCUGUAGCAGUAGACUUCUACAUGUAAAAGUUAUGUUUUGAUCUGAAAGAGAAACCUGCCAGCCAGACAUUCUGACCGUUUGGACCAAGCAAAGCUGCUUCUAUUAAAUGCCGCUUCACCCAA